GCUGGGUGGCUGGAAAACCAGAACACGCCGUGGAGACAAAUCUGCACAAUGGAGACCGCGCGCACCAAUGGGACCGUAGGGAAGCAAGAGGAUGGAAAGACCGCGGUCUCCCCUAAGAAAGACGCUGAGGAAGUGAAGAAGUCCACCAGUCCAAUCAGAGGUGACAAAGAUGGCAACAAGAACAACUCGACCAGCCCCUCGCUGGAGACAGGUCAGAUCAAAAAUUCUAUUUACGCUGGGGGUGACUGGAAGAGACCUAUCAUCCAGUUUAUUGAAUCAGCCGAUGAGAAGAAGUCGACCUACUUCAGUGUGGAUUCUGGGGAGGCCAAGAAGCCAACUUUCCCUACUGUGCAGCUAGGAGAAGUUAGAAGGCCCCAGAUUUCCUUCCCGGAGAGGGGGGACCUGAGGAAGCCCAUGUUUACGGUAGAGACGAAGAAACCCUUCGCCAGCGAAGGGGAUGCUAAAAAGUCACUGUAUUCCAGCGGGCAGAUUGCGGAUCUAAGGAAGCCCACUAUCUCCAUCUCUCUUACAGAACCCGGAGAGACCAAGAGGGCCCACUUCACUAGGGCCACCAGAGUGUCUAGUUCAAGGCCCCGGGUGAACCUGGAAGAGGUCCUCUGUGACUCCUGCAUCGACAACAAACAGAAGGCGGUGAAGUCUUGUCUGGUGUGCCAAGCGAGCUUUUGCGAGCUCCACCUGAAGCCCCAUUUGGAAGGGGCUGCCUUCCGAGACCACCAGCUGCUGGACCCCAUCAAGGACUUUGAAGCCAGGAAAUGUCCCAUCCACGGCAAGACCAUGGAGCUCUUCUGCCAGACCGACCAGGUCUGCAUCUGUUACCUCUGCAUGUUCCAGGAGCACAAGAACCACACCACCGUGACGGUGGAGAUUGAGAAGUCCGGCAAAGAGACUGAACUCGCUCUGCAAAAAGAACAGCUGCAGCUCAAGAUCAUAGAGAUUGAAGAUGAGGUGGAUAAAUGGCACAAAGAGAGGGACCGCAUCAAGAAUUUCACCACCAAUGAGAAAGCCACAGUGGAGCAGCAUUUCAAAGAGCUGAUCCGUGACUUGGAGAAGCAGAGGGAUGAAGUCAAGGCUGGCCUGGACCACAGGGAGAAGGUGGCCGUGGAGAACAUCAGUGAGAUUGUGGAGGAGCUGGAGGACAGGGCCAAACUGCUGCAAGAGGACAAGGAGACAAGGGAGCAGAUCAGCCAGAUCAGUGAUUCGGUGCUCUUCCUGCAGGAAUUUGGAGCAAUGAUGAGGAGCUAUACCAUCCCACCAUCUCUGCCAACUUACAGCAUCCUGCUAGAGGGAGACAACAUGAGCCCGUCUAUGGGGCUGCUUAGGGAUGACCUCCUGAAUGUAUGCAUGAGGCAUGUGGAGAAGAUCUGCAAAGCAGACCUCAGUAGGAACUUCAUUGAGAGGAACCAUAUGGAGAACGGGGAUCACCGUUUCAUGGUAAACAACUACUCUGAUUGGAACCAGCCAGACAGUCUGAAGAGAUUUUCCAUGUUCUUGACUCCAAAAGGAGGCAAUUACAACACCAGGGCAUGGGAAUAUUCUACCGUUCAGACGGCUGAGGAGUCGCUUUCUGCAGGGAACUCUGCCUACUCGCUGAAAGUGGGCAAUGGGACCAAGAUGCCAUAUCAGUUCCCCCCAAUUGGCCAGAGUUCACCUGGUGAUUUCAGCAAGCAGUCCGAUGGCAGCCUCUAUAAGAAUGCUUACCCUUCCAUAGUGAGGCACCAGACCGCUAAGGCGCAGCCACAAACAUGGAAAUCCUCCAAGCAGAGCAUGCUGUCUCAUUACCGACCUUUCUAUGUCAACAAAGGCAACGGAGUGACUUCCAACGAAGCCCCCUGAUCCCCGCCGUGAGCAAGAAGGGCCAGUCGUGCUGGAGGGGG